UCUGAACCUGUACAGUUCUAACUUUGAGGAAGUAUUAAUUAACAAAGUCAGUGAUGGCUAAACCGACAACAAUUAAAGAUGCCAUCAAGAAGUUUGAAGAAAAGUACAAAGUCAAUUCAGCCGAAGCACGGGAGGUCAACUUGCAGUUUCAGUGGUUACCGAUUGAAAAAAUGGACAAUUCCCUGGGAGCGUUGGUGAGAUGUGAAAAGUUAUCUCUUUCGACGAACAUGAUUGAGAAGAUCGCCGGGCUGGGUGGGUUAAGGAAUCUGAAAAUACUGUCACUCGGUAGAAAUUACAUAAAAGCAUUUUCAGGACUUGAGCCCGUCGGUGAGACGUUGGAGGAGUUGUGGAUAUCUUAUAACUUGAUAGAGAAGAUGAAAGGAGUUGGUGUUUUGAGAAAAUUGAAAGUGCUGUACAUGUCCAACAACCUCGUUAAGGAUUGGGCGGAGUUCAACAAGCUGCAAGAGUGCCCUUCGUUGAUCGACUUGCUAUUUGUCGGCAAUCCCUUGUGCGACACUGGCGACGAAGCAGCUUGGAGAGCGGAGGCUAUCAAGCGACUUCCUAACCUCAAAAAACUCGAUGGAGAACCGGUCAUAACGGAAAUAGUGUAAACUUGAUAUUACGUGAGUUGAUGCAUAUAACAUUGCUAAAUUAAAUAAUAUAUUGUAAUUAGUAUAUGUACGUGUUUAAACAGUGUACUGAACGGACUGAACCAUAAUUAUGUAACCAAUCAUAGCUAUUGUGCUAAUUUGCAUAUGCUUGUAGAUUCCUUAAUAAUGAUGAUAAAUUUGAAUAGUCUUA